GUCAAACCUGCGGCCACUGCAUCAAGGAAUAAACAGCUACAUGGGUGUGCGCUCUACUAGGUGAGCUACCCAGGCACCCAAACAGUAACCAUCACUUCACUGAUUCAUUCCCAAAGUCUCUCUCUUCUCUUGUAAUCCUACCCCCUACCCACCAUGCACUGGGAGGUAUCUAAGGCAACCCUGACAGGCAACAAACAUGGCUGAUGCUGCAGGGAGCGCUCAGCAACACGAGCGAUCCUGCUCCCACAUCCCAACAUUCUCAGCCCGACAUCCCAUGAUCCCCAAACUGUACGUGAUGCCAUGGAAACAGGACAUGAAGAACCAGAGGGUCCUGAUGAAGAACGCAGCACUGGCAGAGAUCCCUGUGGUUCCUCUGGAGGAGUCCUUGUGGUUUUGUGGUCGGGAGCGUCUCUGCCACAGUCAGGACUCCAGGUCCUCAUCGUCGUCCUCCUCUGCUCCUCUCAGCCAGACAGGACUGACAGCUCAUCACUCCUCUCACUUCUCCAGAUACAACAGCUCUCUGGUGACCACCAGGCGGCUUUACCAAACCUAAAGACAGAUCACUGAAUGAUUAUGUAAAACAAUGAACAGUUUCUAAUUAUUCUAAUUAUUCUUAUUACAAGUGGCACAGUUAUCAUUCCAUUAUCACAUCCUCACUGUAUCUCAAAAGCACCUUGGUAAAAUACUUGUAAACUGGUGACAGUCGAUGAUGAUAUGGUGCUUCCAUCUCACAAAUCUUUUUUUUUGUACUUUUAAGUUGAA